AACAUCGUAAAACACGUUUAGAAAUCGAAGCAUGCCAUAUCAGCGAUCUGUCACGUCAAACAACUAAAUUUUAGAGUUUAUCUGAUGAAAUCAAGCACAAUUUGUAACAGAAGAUGACAUCCAAACCCGAUUCGGAAACUUUGGCGCCUACGUCUGCACCGUCUGCACCUUACAAAAACGACUGCGUAAUCUGCAUGGAAGCCAUAGUCGAUCAGGGCAAGUUUUUGGAAUGUGCACACGAGUUUCACGAAGCCUGCAUAGACCAGUGGUUCGCAUUCAAGGAAACUUGUCCGAUGUGCCGAUAUGAUCACGCCGAACCCAGUAACAAGCAGAACACGUCGUCUGCGGUUAUCGUAUCGGGGGAGGAGGAAGCAGCGAUUACUCCACGACAGGAAGCGGUACAGGCUCGCCGAAGAAGCAGACGACAAUCUUUCAGUAGCAGACCAUCCACCAGUCGUAGCCGUUCGAGUAGUAUUAGACGAUCGAGGUCUCGCCGGAGGUAAACGGAGACUGAUUGGGCGCCGGAGAAAUUGUGCAGCGGUUCUAAAUUACUAGUAUAUCUUGGGAUACAUAAAUACCUAUAUAUUUGAAUAUAUGCGUAUAGUAAACAAAG